CACUGAGGAUGAAAUGAGCUGCAUGAAGAAAGCUCCACAUGAAAAGUUGGCAUGCAGUAAUAUCGAGGAAGCUGGCUCGUUGUGGCGACAUAAGCAGAUCAAUUAGUAUUAGAUGGAAAACAGCAAACAAGCGAGACUUCUUCUUAAAAAACAAUUGGCAGACCUGAACAAGAAUCCAGUCGAUGGGUUUUCAGCUGGGCUCAUUGAUGAUGAUAAUCUUUUUCAAUGGGAAGUCAUGGUCCUAGGGCCUCCGGAGACCUUCUAUGAAGGAGGUUUCUUUAAAGCCCAUUUGAUAUUUCCACCGGAAUACCCGCAAAAGCCACCGAAAAUGAAAUUUGUUGUCGAUUUCUGGCAUCCAAAUGUUUCAAAAGAGGGCGAUGUGUGCAUAUCUAUACUUCAUGAACCCGGAGAGGACAAAUAUGGCUACGAGAAGCCCGAAGAAAGAUGGCUGCCCGUUCACACGGUGGAGACAAUUCUUUUAAGUGUGAUUUCAAUGAUUGCUGAUCCAAACGACGAGUCUCCUGCCAAUGUCGACGCUGCAAAAGAAUGGCGAAAAGACUACAAUGGAGCAUUCAAGAAGAACGUGCGCAAGUGUGUGAGAAAAAGCCAAGAAUGUUUAUGAAUGGUAGACGGUAAAAAGUCAUUCGUUUAUUUUGCCAUUUGUAAUUCCUAAUUAUUGUAAAAAGUUUUCUAAUUCCUCUGUAACUCCGUAAGUGUAAAACUAUUCUUGAAAAUAGGAAGACAUGUACAACUCGUUUUAAUUACUUGUAAUAA